AUGUUUGACGUGCCCAAUGCUAAACGCGUCCGUCGCGACGAACUCCUCUCGCGAGCCUCGUCCUCGCGAUCACCUUCACCAGCGCCCGAAAACACCGUAACAGAUGGAUACCAGCGUCUCGGCGAGCUCCUAAACCUCGACUCGCUUCUCGCCCCGACAACCUCCGAGCAACAGAAAGAGGAACCUCCCGCAAACCAACAAGACGAACAGCCCCACGAAGACGAAGAUGAAGAACAGGAGUUCGAGUUCCGUCUGUUCAGCGCGCCCUCUGGCGCGGCACAACCCACGGCAGACACCACUACGCCCGGAACACAGGACGCAAGUGGUGGGGGAGAAGGAGGAGGAGGCACGCAAAAGCUCCGUAUCCGGUUGAGGUCCCCGUCGCCUGGUGCGGCUGGGUCUGGAGAAGGACGCAUCGUGAACCCGUUCCGCGGGUGGGAGUAUUACUUCACCGCGCCGGGCUUACUAUCUGGGUCUACGGGGGCCGGUGAGGAUGUGGAGUUCCAGAUGAAGAGGAGCCAGUUUGAGGAUGUUGCUGUUAGUGGGGAGGAUAUGCGGGCUUGGGCUAAGGUGGAUUGGCCCGGGUGUCACCUUCCGUGGAAGGUAAUUCGUUUAAGGCGCGAUCAGACCAAGUUGCCGCGCGGGUCUGCCGAUCCGAUGAAUGCUGCUGUCACGUAUGUGAUGGGUCCGCAAGAGAAGACCCCGAAGUCUGUGAAGAAGCCGGGGAAGAAACGGCGGCUUCAGCUGCGCAAGCGUGUCACUGCUGCGGAAGACGCGAAGAAGCAAGAUGCUGAGAAGCGGACCCGGAAAAAUCGCGAGAAGAAGAUCAAGCGCCGGCAGAAAGCGCGCGAGGAGAAGGCUGCUGCUGCUGCGGCUGCGGGUGAAGAUGUGCCUGCUUCGCCUGUGGAUGAAGACAUGCUUUCACAGGAUGGAAGCGAAUGAUCUACGUCUAUUGGAUUGAUUUCGGCACAAUCUAUGGGGGUUCCCGCCUAUCACAGGGGUUUCUACGCAUACGGACGACAGCGGAGCAACUGAUCAUUAUCUGGCCUGUAAUACUAGGCCUAUGACAGUGCAGGGUCCUGGUGAAACAGCUUGAAUUGCCAAAGCACACUUGAA